AUGGCUGCACGAUGCUCUCUCGGGGACCUCCCUGUAGAGCUCUUUCUCGACGGUAUAUUCCCCCUUCUCCCAGUUGCGGAUCUCCUGCAUCUUGGGUCCACAAACCGGUUCUUCAGCAAUCUCGUGAACGACGAGGCGUACUGGCACAGAAGGAUCCAGGAAGACUUUAACUUCUCCGGGUCCGACACCGCUCGCAAGACAGGCUGGAAGUUCCUUUACAAACGUCUCAGCCAUCCUCAGGUUUAUGUGUGGGGUGAGAAGAGUCAGAGCCGUCUAGGUCUCAUUGACACCCCCAAGACCGCCGUCAGAGAUGGUGUUCCUUAUCCCGUCCGGUUGGACAUUCCGGGCGUCCGCAUCGUCAGCCUGGUGGCAGGAGGAAUGUCAUUCCAUGCCAUUGACUCUCGCGGAGAUGUAUAUGUAUGGGGUGUACUCAACGGUGAGACGUUCGCACUGCGGAGCGAUGGAUUUGCGGAGCCCGGUCAGAAGGCAGACACCCCGAUGAAGCUCAGCCUUCCAACCAAAUUCCGCAGCUUGAGCUGCGGCAGGCUUCAUACCACUGGUCUAGAUGCUAGCUCUCAAGUUUGGACUUUCACAUCCUGGGGCCGUCCAUUCCUCCUCCAGUCGUCUCUCGUCGACAAGUCAUCCCCAGAGACCACUCCGAUCCAGGUUGAGAGCGGAUGGUCGUUCUCCACCAUCCUCACUCAGUCGGGCGACGUUCUCGUGUUCUGGCCAUUCGGAGGCCGCAUGAAGAGCGUCAUCGACCGGAAAGACGAAGAGCUGAAUGGCCUCACCGACGCAACGCAACACGCUGCCGCCAAAGCUCAAGUGAACGAGAAUAGCCCGCGUAUCAUCCCCUGUCACUGGUGGGUUUUGGAAGGCGCAGACCCUGUGCGGCUCCCUCCUAUUCCUUCCCACGACCUUCCUGAGCUUGGGAGGACUGGUCUUUCGACGGAGGAGCUCGAAGAGGAGACUAAGCUUGUCAAGAUUGCCGGUAUAGACAACUGUGUCAUUGGUCUCACGAACAAAGGCCACCUUUUGCGCUACGAUAGGCUUGGUGGAGAAGAAGCCUACCGGCAAGGACGAUGGGAAUACCUACCCUACUUCAGCGACAUAGAGAAGCUUCAAGAGCAUGCAGUCUAUCGGGCGGUCGACGGUAACGACGCCCCACAGCUCACACCUCCGGAGACCAUGCACAUCAACCACAUAUCGGGCUCCUUCCAAACCUUCUUCGCCUACUCCACCGGCCCUAGCUCCGUCGUGCUCAUGGGCAAAGCGACCGACUCCUCCCCCCAAACCACCAUGCCCACCAUAAUCCCCGAGCUGCAGGACCGUGCCGUCAUAUCCGUCGUCCUCGGAGACUAUCACUACGGUGCCCUCACGGGCACCGGCCAGCUCCUCACCUGGGGCGCCUUCUCCAAAGGCGCGCUGGGCCUCGGGGAUCCGACGCGCAUCGCAGUCGGCGAGCCGGGCGGGUACGCUGACAAUGACGAGUUACGCACGUCCGUCAAUUCGCGCUUCGGCAUCAUGCGCCCGCCCCCGGACGUGCGCGUGCCGACUGAGGUGCGCUUCGAUCAUGGCCAGCGGAGGAAGCGCGAGAAGUACUGCUUUGGCGCCGCCGCGCUCGGCUGGCACACUGGCGCCCUCGUCAUAGACCUCGACGUGCGUUGCACCCUGUAUUUUUUAUGA